AUGAUGACCCUAGACGCAGUGGACGAAAAGGCUGAACGGCCCGUCUACGCGUGCCACACACGAGCUGGCUUCCCCGUCACGUACCCGGCUGUACAGUUGGCGCACUUUCCAAGUACGUGUGAUGUGCGCGGUCCUGCAUGCCAAACCUCACCAGCCCUGGUAAAGAGAAUCGCAUGCUUGUUGCAGAAGUGAUGCAGAAACGUGUGGCGGAAAGGUGUCGCAUGCACGCGUGUUUUGGGACAGAUUUCUGUGUCACGUAAGGUGUGUGUGUGUGUGUGUGCAGGUAGGUGAAACUGCUCCCCCUCCCUAAAACCGGCCGCGCGAUAUGAUGUGCUGGCCCAUCACGGGGGACUAGAUCGGAUUCGGCAGACGUUAUUGGGAAUGCACAUCCAUAAAGAAAUGCUAAAAUUGGAGGAGUCGGGGCAAGACCAGGUGACAAUUCGGUUCCGAGCCGCCCCUCUAUUUUUCCUUGUAUAAAAUCCUGGUCAGGGUAUGUCGUAGACUAAAGGGUGUGUUGGCACGCCUAGGUGCGGGUUUACGCAGUGCCAGCCACCUGGGCUCUCUCCCGCCUCCAGUCUUUUUCGACUCUGUCUUGACAUCGGAUCCAGGUGGAGGAGGGAGGGAGAAUGAAGUAGAUGCCGUGCACAUUUAUUGUUCCUUUUAAACUAACUCACAUGUAAGUCAACACCCCCUUCUCUCAUCCUGCUGUGGAGUACACGGUGGACAUCAUCGGUCCCGUGGUUGUUCAGUGGUAAUUUUUGUGGAUGUGCCUGUAGUCAAAUAGGCAGAUAAAUAUGCUAGUGCCUUAAUCAUUCUACACCUUUCCGGACAUGGUUUACAAGUAUGAGUCGGACGUCCAAAAUGUAUCCUCUUACGCCAGUUGGAAAUACUUAAGGGAAAUUUAUGUGGUCAGUAACCAUGGACAGUAAGACGUUCACGGGAUUCGGAGAGAGUGUAAUUGGAUUUAACGUCUUGCGUCAAAGCCAGACAGAGUCAAUCCGCCUAAGGAAUAGCUCUCCAGCUUCUCAAUAAAGUGAAAAAUAUGCAUAAUUCGAUUUAUUAUUGGUUUCCGAUUUCUGAAUGGCAAUCUGUUUUGCUGCCCACUUUGAUAUAAAAAAAUCUUCAUCCUUAUGAGACGUUAAUAAUAUCAUGUGGAAAGCAGCUUUUCAAUGUAAGGGCAGCAAUAUUCUGUGCUUAUGGAGUCUUUUCUGCAAAUGGUCACGAAGAGCUGCGACACUUCUCCGUCUAGGAAACUGAUAAUUAUGACAAUAAUGACGAUGAUGGCGAUGCCGAUGAUGGUUAUGACGACAAUGGUGCUGUUGCUGCUGCUCCUGCUGCUGCUGCUGCUGCUGCUGCUGAUGAUGAUGAUGAUGAUGAUGAUGAUGAUGAUGAUGAUGAUGAUGAUGAUGAUGAUGAUGAUGAUGAUGAUGAUGAUGAUGAUGAUGAUGAUGAUGAUGAUGAUGAUGAUCAGGUCGGCAAUUGCAAAAGUUCCGGGUCGAUAAUCUGA